UUCUCCCCUACCACCCCUCCUUCAUCCCCAUUGCUAUCAAUUCAAAUUACAACAGCUAAUUCUCAGGAGAACAGUAGAAACCCAGUUUCUCUCCUCUUUCCCCUCUGACCCUCCUCCAAUUAAUCUGACUGCAGCGUAAACCUUUGCGGUUUAAUAUUGUGCAACUUCCACAUUUCCCUCGCCCUCCCACCCAGCCCCCUCCCCCACCAAAUUCAGGGGAACUCCCGUUACCGCAGUGCCACCAGCAUUACUCAUUCAUCUCCAUUCAGGCUUUCCUCAGCAUUUAUUAAGGACUCUCUGCUCCAGCCUCUCACUCUCACUCUCCUCCGCUCAAACUCAGCUCACUUGAGAGUCUCCUCCCGCCAGCUGUGGAAAGAACUUUGCGUCUCUCCAGCAAUGCAUCUCCUUGCGAUUCUGUUUUGUGCUCUCUGGUCCGCAGUGUUGGCCGAGAACUCGGAUGAUUAUGACCUCAUGUAUGUGAAUUUGGACAACGAAAUAGACAAUGGACUCCAUCCCACUGAGGACCCCACGCCGUGCGACUGCGGUCAGGAGCACUCGGAAUGGGACAAGCUCUUCAUCAUGCUGGAGAACUCGCAGAUGAGAGAGGGCAUGCUGCUGCAAGCCACGGACAACGUCCUGCGGGGCGAGCUGCAGAGGCUGCGGGAGGAGCUGGGCCGGCUCGCGGAAAGCCUGGCGAGGCCGUGCGCGCCGGGGGCUCCCGCGGAGGCCAGGCUGACCAGUGCUCUGGAUGAGCUGCUGCAGGCGACCCGCGACGCGGGCCGCAGGCUGGCGCGCCUGGAGGGCGCCGAGGCGCAGCGCCCAGAAGAGGCGGGGCGCGCCCUGGCCGCGGUGCUAGAGGAGCUGCGGCAGACGCGAGCCGACCUGCACGCGGUGCAGGGCUGGGCUGCCCGGAGCUGGCUGCCGGCAGGUUGUGAAACAGCUAUUUUAUUCCCAAUGCGUUCCAAGAAGAUUUUUGGAAGCGUGCAUCCAGUGAGACCAAUGAGGCUUGAGUCUUUUAGUGCCUGCAUUUGGGUCAAAGCCACAGAUGUAUUAAACAAAACCAUCCUGUUUUCCUAUGGCACAAAGAGGAAUCCAUAUGAAAUCCAGCUGUAUCUCAGCUACCAAUCCAUAGUGUUUGUGGUGGGUGGAGAGGAGAACAAACUGGUUGCUGAAGCCAUGGUUUCCCUGGGAAGGUGGACCCACCUGUGCGGCACCUGGAAUUCAGAGGAAGGGCUCACAUCCUUGUGGGUAAAUGGUGAACUGGCGGCUACCACUGUUGAGAUGGCCACAGGUCACAUUGUUCCUGAGGGAGGAAUCCUGCAGAUUGGCCAAGAAAAGAAUGGCUGCUGUGUGGGUGGUGGCUUUGAUGAAACAUUAGCCUUCUCUGGGAGACUCACAGGCUUCAAUAUCUGGGAUAGUGUUCUUAGCAAUGAAGAGAUAAGAGAGACCGGAGGAGCAGAGUCUUGUCACAUCCGGGGGAAUAUUGUUGGGUGGGGAGUCACAGAGAUCCAGCCACAUGGAGGAGCUCAGUAUAUUUCAUAAAUGUUGUGAAACUCCACUUGAAGCCAAAGAAAGAAACUCACACUUAAAACACAUGCCAGUUGGGAAGGUCUGAAAACUCAAUGCAUAAUAGGAACACUUGAGACUAAUGAAGGGGAGAGUUGAGACCAAUCUUUAUUUGUACUGGCAAAAUACUGAAUAAACAGUUGAAGGAAAGACAUUGGAAAAAGCUUUUGAGGAUAAUGUUACUAGACUUUAUGCCAUGGUGCUUUCAGUUUAAUGCUGUGUCUCUGUCAGAUAAACUCUCAAAUAAUUAAAAGGACUGUAUUGUUGAACAGAGGGACAAUUGUUUUACUUUUCUUUGGUUAAUUUUGUUUUGGCCAGAGAUGAAUUUUACAUUGGAAGAAUAACAAAAUAAGAUUUGUUGUCCAUUGUUCAUUGUUAUCGGUAUGUACCUUAUUACAAAAAAAAGAUGAAAACAUAUUUAUACUACAAGGUGACUUAACAACUAUAAAUGUAGUUUAUGUGUUAUAAUCGAAUGUCACUUUUUUGAGAAGAUAGUCAUAUAAGUUAUAUUGCAAAAGGGAUUUGUAUUAAUUUUAUUAAGAUUAUUUUUGUAAAGCUCUACUGUAAAUAAAAUAUUUUAUAAAACUA